GAGGUCGACCAAUAAAACUAUUUGAGUGUCGGCUCAGCUAGUCAGUGCCUUCUCGUUGGUUGCCGUCACUGCAUUCAGUGCUACUAUUGAAAAAGAUAGAUGGCAGGUACCACUACAAUGUGUGACCGUACUCUGGCACUAGAGGCAGGACGCCGGCUAGCCAACCCUCUUCCUGGUGAAGAAGUGGUUAUCAGCGGUAUUGCAGGUUUUUACCCAGACUCUGACAAUGUCAUGGACUUUGCAGAGAAGCUGUUCAAAAAAAUAGACUUAAUAUCAGAUGACGAUCGGCGCUGGAAACUGGAACAUCCGGAGAUUCCUCAAAGGACAGGGAAGUUGAAUGAAGUAAGCAAAUUCGAUGCAGCCUUCUUUGGUGUUCACUUCAAACAAGCCCACACAAUGGAUCCCAUGUGCCGGAUGCUCCUCGAGAAGGCUUAUGAGGCUAUUGUAGAUUCAGGAUAUAAUCCCAGGCAACUGCGAGGCACAUGUACUGGAGUAUUUAUCGGAGCAUGCUUCAGUGAGUCUGAGAAAACCUGGUUUUAUGAGAAGUUACAAGUAAAUGGGUUUGGAAUUACAGGCUGUUCUCGAGCUAUGCUUGCUAAUCGAAUUUCUUACUGGCUUGGUAUUAAUGGUCCAAGUUACACUGUAGACUCUGCCUGUUCAUCAAGCCUGUACGCACUGGAACACGCCUAUAAGUCAAUUCGUGAUGGACAUUGUGAUGCAGCUAUUGUUGGUGGCUGCAACCUUUGCCUCCACCCCUAUGUGUCACUGCAGUUCGCUCGAUUGGGUGUGCUCUCACAAGAUGGUCGCUGCAAAUCUUUUGAUGAGUCAGCAAAUGGAUACUGUCGUUCAGAAGCUGUCUGCAUACUCUAUCUGCAGAAGGCGAAGGAUGCACGACGUAUCUACGCUACUGUAGUCCAUGCCAAGACCAACUGUGAUGGCUACAAGGAGCAAGGCAUCACGUUUCCAUCAGGACCACUGCAGCAACGCCUACUAGAGGAAUUUUAUGAAGAGUGUCAAAUUAGCCCAUCCUCAUUAGCUUGGGUAGAAGCUCAUGGAACAGGCACAAGGGUGGGAGAUCCAGAGGAAGUAAAGGCCCUGGAGAAUGUGUUCUGUCCUGGCCGUCAGGGUCCUCUGCAGAUUGGUUCUGUCAAGUCCAAUAUCGGCCAUUCUGAACCAGCGUCUGGCCUCUGCUCAGUCACAAAAGUGCUUAUUGCCAUGGAGACCGGUUUUAUUCCACCAAAUAUCAACCUCAAAACACCUCGGAAGGACAUUGAUGCUUUCUACAAUGGGAAGAUAACCGUGGUAACAGAAAAAACACCUUGGAAUGGAGGAAUGGUGGGCAUUAAUUCUUUUGGAUUUGGUGGUGCAAAUUGUCAUGUUUUGCUGAAAUGGAAUGAAAAGAACAAGAUAAAUGGAGGAGCUCCCAAUGACGAAAUCCCUCGUGUAGUUCCAGCCUCCGGCAGAACAGAGGAGGCGGUGAAUGUCAUACUCACAGAUGUAGAGUCUAGAGGCAUAGAUGUAGAGUAUGUGAAACUGCUGCAUGAAGUUCACACAGAAGAAAUUCCAGGACACAUUUUCCGUGGUUUUACAGUUCUUACCACUAACAAUACUGCAAGGCUACGAUCCAUCAAGUACUACCCAGGAGACAAACGGCCUGUGUGGUUUGUGUUCUCUGGAAUGGGAUCGCAGUGGGCUGGCAUGGGGAAAGCACUGAUGAAAAUCCCUGUCUUUACAGCAGCUAUCCAGAAAUGUCAUGAAGUGCUUAAACCCAAAGGAGUUGACAUAGUUUCCAUCAUUACCGACACUGAUCCAACAAUUUUUGACAAUAUAUUAAAUUCCUUUGUGGGAAUAGCUGCUAUUCAGAUUGGACUGGUGGAUGUUUUAACCACUAUAGGAGUUGUGCCAGACCACAUGAUCGGUCAUUCGGUGGGAGAGUUAGGCUGUGCAUAUGCUGAUGGCUGCUUCACAGCAGAACAGAUGAUUCUGGCUGCUUACUACCGUGGACUUGCCUCCAUUAAGUCAGAACUGAUCACUGGAGCCAUGGCUGCUAUAGGAAUGGGUUAUCAUGACAUCAAAGACAUGGUACCCCCUGGGAUCGAUGUCGCUUGCCACAAUUCAGCUGGCAGCUGUACAAUCUCUGGUCCUGCUGAUCUUGUCAAGUCAUUUGUGUCCAGGCUGCAAGAACAAAAGAUAUUUGCCAAGGAAGUCAAUGUGUCCAAUAUCGCAUAUCACAGCCGAUACAUUGCACCUGCUGGUCCCAAACUUCUAUCUUACCUGAAGCAGGUAAUACCAGAUCCUAAGCCCAGGUCUGUAAAAUGGGUGAGCAGUUCUGUACCGGAAGCUCAGUGGGACAGUCCACUGGCCAGGCUGUGUUCUGCUGAAUAUCACACCAACAAUCUGCUCAGCCCUGUUCUGUUUGAGGAAGCAGCACGUCACAUCCACCCCCGUGCCAUCACCGUGGAGAUUGCUCCUCAUGGCCUAUUGCAGGCCAUCCUGCGCCGUGCACUCGACAAGCAGUCCAUCAACAUCCCUCUUACUCAUAAAGACAGCCCUGACAAUUCUGUUAUCCUCGUUACUGCUUUAGGGAAACUCUACGAAGCAGGUCUGAAUCCACAGUUUGCAGCUCUGUACCCAGAAGUAAGCAUGCCUGUGUCCCGUGGUACUCCGAUGAUUGCACCAUUGGUACGUUGGGAACACUCAGAGGAUUGGUAUGUCACCUCAUACCGGAUGCAGGAGAAGAUCAAGUCUGGUGAGAGAACUGUCAAUAUCAACCUCAAGGACGAUGAACUUGAGUAUCUUGGUGGCCACGUCAUUGAUGGACGCAAUCUUUUCCCAGCCACUGGUUAUUUGGCGUGUGCUUGGGAAACUAUAGGCUUGAUGAGGGGAGAGCUUUACACAGAUGUGUCUGUUGUCUUUGAGGAUAUUCGGUUCCACAGAGCCACAAAUAUUCCAAAGGAUGGUAGUUUGGACAUUGUAGUCAUGGUACAAAAAGGCAGUGGCAACUUUGAAAUAGUUGAAGGAGGAGCGGCUAUUGUAACAGGCAGAAUUUAUGUUCCUGAAAAUAUUAACAAAGAAAUAGUAACUCUGGACCCUCCUGAAGACGAGCAUGACCCAGCUCUUCUAGAUAUGUCAGGCAAGGACUUCUACAAGGAACUGCGAUUGAGAGGAUACAAUUAUAAGGGGCUCUUCAGGAGUGUCACCAAAUCAAAUAACAACGGAACACGUGGAUUCAUUCAAUGGCACAACAAUUGGGUGGCAUUCAUGGACAACAUGCUACAGAUGCAGAUCAUCAGAGAAGAUACGAGAGGGCUGUUUGUACCAACUUCUAUUCAGAAACUUGUUAUUGACAUCAAGAGGCAUGUCCAAGCAUUGUUUGCACUUCCUGAUGAUAUAAAAGAACUGCCUGUUUAUGUGUACAACUAUUUGGAUAUGAUCAAAUCUGGAGGUGUUCAGAUAGAAGGUUUGAAGGCAAGUGCCAUUGCAAGAAGGAAGCCAUUGGGAGAACCUGUUCUAGAGAAGUACCAGUUCUUCCCUCACAUCGUUCAAGAACAGGACAUUGACUUGAAUACAUUUACAAGAAUAUGUGUUCAUCUAGUACUAGAAAAUAUUUUGGUCACCAAAGUUAAAGCUGUUGAAGUGUUGGACAACGGCUGUGAUCCUGAUGCUGUAUUACUCUCACCAGUCAUCCUACAAAUUCUAGGAGAUCUUCCCCUUAUUCAGGCAGAUAUCAACAUUUUAUCUCCUCUUGAAAACCCAAAAGUAACUGAUGUUGGGCCAAACAUCCUUGUUGAAGACAAAAAAAUUGUUACGGAUCAGUCAGCUAUAUUUAUAGUGGCCUCUAAUUUGUUCACUCCAUCAAGAGCAGAGGUUCUCAAAAGCUGUCUAGGUGCAAUCAAAGAUGAUGGGUUCAUUCUUGCUCGUGAAAAAGUAAAUGAAGAUUUAGUGCUAAAUGGAUUUACUGUGUGCAUGGAAAGAACAAUAGAAAGUGAGAAAAUACUUUUGAUUCGAAAGACACGACCACUCAAAAACAUUCCACCAACUUUCAAAAUUAGUUCUGAAGAAUUCAACUGGGUAACUCAAGUUCAAAAUGCUCUCAAAACUGAAGGCAGUAACAGAAAAAUUGUACUCUAUGCCGAAAAAGAGCCAACAAGUGGAAUCAUAGGCUUGGUGAAUUGUAUACGGAAAGAGCCUGGUGGAGAGAGAAUCAGCUGUGUGUUUGUGAUGGAUCCAAAUGCUCCUGAGUUCUCAGUAGAACACAAGUUGUACCGAGACCAGAUCUCUAAGGACCUGGCAGUGAAUGUAUUCAAGGAUGGAGUCUGGGGGAGCUAUCGUCACUUCCCCAUCCAAGUUUUCUCACCCACAGCUGUAGACCAUGCUUUUGUUAACACAUCUGUCCGGGGUGAUCUAUCAAGUCUCACCUGGUUACAGGGGCCUGUUGGUUUCAACGAUCCAACACCAAAAGGGAAACAUAUGAUUCAUGUCUACUAUUCAGCCUUAAACUUUCGAGAUGUGAUGAUGAUGACUGGGAAACUAGCUCCAGAAGUAAUCACAAGAGACAGACGAGAGCAGGACUGUGUUUGUGGAUUUGAGUUUUCUGGGCGUACUACUGAUGGGAAAAGAGUAAUGGGAAUGACUUCCUCAAGAUGUCUGUCCAAUACUGUAGUUGGAGACAUUUACUUGACUUGGGAUAUCCCUGAUGAAUGGACUCUGGAACAAGCUGCUACAGUACCUGUUGUCUAUGGAACUGCUAUGUUUGCUCUGAUCACAUGUGGAAACAUGAAGAAGGGUGACUCAGUGUUGAUCCACGCAGGAACUGGAGGUGUGGGGCAAGCUGCCAUAUACCUAGCACUUCACCAAGGCUGCACAGUCUUCACAACUGUUGGUACACCAGAGAAAAGAGAAUUUAUCAAGCGCACCUUCCCACAGAUUAAGGAGAGUCAUAUUGGCAAUUCGAGAGACUGUUCAUUUGAGCAAAUGGUGAUGAUGGAAACGGAUGGAAGAGGAGUCGAUCUGGUGCUCAACUCUCUGGCAGAGGAAAAGUUGUUGGCAUCUGCUCGCUGUCUUGCCCGAGGUGGCCGUUUCCUUGAGAUAGGAAAGUUUGAUUUGGCUAACAACAACCCCCUUGGAAUGGAGAUGUUUCUGAGAGAGACCAGUUUUCAUGGAAUUCAACUCGACACUCUGUUUGUGACUCCACAGUCUACCAGGAAACAGGAACUCCAGGACCUCAUUGUGGAAGGAAUCAAGAAUGGAGCUGUUAAACCUCUUUGCUCUACUGUAUUUCCUGAGGAUCAGAUUGAAGCAGCAUUUAGAUAUAUGGCUUCGGGAAAGCAUGUUGGAAAGGUUCUAGUUAAGAUCAGAGAGGAGGAAGAAAACAAAAAAGCGCUACCCCAGCCAGUGAAGAUGUUAGCACGUCCAAGGUUCUUUUGCAAAGAGGAUUCUUCAUACAUUAUUAUUGGUGGCCUUGGGGGUUUUGGAUUGGAACUGGCAGACUGGCUUGCUCUGCGUGGCUGCAAGAAAUUGAUACUGACUUCUCGCUCUGGCCUGCGCACAGGAUACCAGGCCAUGCGUAUCAGGAUCUGGCGUACCUAUGGUGUAACUGUAGAGGUGUCCACUGCUGAUGUUACCACAGAACAAGGUGUAAUCCACUUGUUGAACCAAGCCACCAGACUCGGCCCUGUUGAUGGAAUCUUCAAUUUGGCAGUAGUCCUGAAAGAUGCUUUCUUUGAGAACCAAACAGAAGCAGACUUUUUGAAAUCUGCUGGACCCAAGGCCACAGCAACAAAACAUCUGGACAGAAUCUCUCGUAAACUCUGCCCAUCUAUGGAGCACUUUGUGAUCUUCUCGAGUGUGUCAUGUGGGAGAGGGAAUGCCGGCCAGGCAAACUAUGGAUUGAGCAACUCUGUGAUGGAAAGAAUCUGUGAGGAGCGCCAUCAGGAUGGUCUACCAGCCUUGGCGGUGCAGUGGGGGGCAGUUGGUGAGGUGGGACUGGUGGCUGAGAUGCAAGAGGACCAUUUAGAAAUCGUUAUAGGUGGGACUCUGCAGCAGAGGAUCAGCUCCUGUUUGGAGGUACUUGAUGGGUUCAUGUACUGUGGCCAGCCAGUAGUUGCCAGUAUGGUGGUGGCUGAGAAACGAGCCGGUGGAGGUGUUGCAGGAAACAUUGUUGAUACUGUAGUCAACAUUUUGGGGCUGAGAGAUCUCAAGACAAUCAGUCUUCAUUCCACUCUGGCUGAACUGGGAAUGGACUCGAUGAUGGCUGUAGAAAUCAAACAGACUUUGGAGAGAGAGUUCCAGGUAUUCCUGACACCUCAAGAUAUCCGUGCCAUGACAUUCGCCAAGUUACAGGACCUGGCUGCACAGACUGAAAAUGAAACAAAAACUACUUCUCAAGUUGGUGAAAUGACAGCUCCAGAUUUUGCAAUCAACCAUCUGGUCAGAGUAAUAGGUGAUGAGAUGUUAUCAGGAGAACCUAUCAUCCGAUUACCCUCACUCUGUGGUGAUGGCAAUACCAUAGAAGAGAUUGCCGUCAAUAACGAUUUAAUAUUUCUUAUUCCUGGAGUAGAAGGAGUUGCCAGUGUGGUGGAACCUCUUGCCAAAAACCUCAAGGCACAGGCUUUAUGUCUUCAGUUUGAUUACGAGAAAACUUACGACACAAUUGGUGAUAUUGCUGAGAGUCUUCUCCCUCAUAUAAAAAAAAGACUACGGCCUGGAGCUGGCUUCAAGAUGGUAGGAUACUCAUUCGGUGCAAUGGUGACUCUGGAAAUAGUGCUGAGGUUAGAGAGAGAAGGCCGACAAGGCAGUGUGUGGCUCAUAGAUGGUGCUCCAGAUUUCCUACAAUCUCUUUCCAUGAAAACUAUGCACAUGGAGGAUGAAAAAGGCGGCUUUCUACACCUGCAGUUUGAACUCAUCCAGAGGUUCAUAGACCUCACUGCGCCUCAAGUGACUUUGCCUGAAAGUGAACUAAUGGCAUUACCAGAUUGGAACUCGAGGGUUGAGUUUAUGGUGAAACAUUCUCCUGAGGGACUCCACAGUAAGCGGUUCCAGAGACUCAGUCUGAAUGCAGCUUAUCACAGAAUCUUGGCUGUCUUCAAAUACAAGCCAUUGGCUAACAAGUGCAUUGCAUCAAAGAUUACACUAGUCCGUCCUUCUGAAAUCUCAAUGCCUUCUGAAGAUGACUAUGGCCUUUCAAAGUAUUGCCUAUCACCUGUGACAGUUCACUUUGUGGAUGGCAACCACUUGACCAUUCUAGACAACAAGAAGACUGCUGACCUUAUCAACAAACCGACGGUAGAAGAUGCUGUUGGAUUCAAACAGUCAAUCAUGACUGCUCCGAGUGACACAUUAUCAUCUCUUCAGAACAAUAUAAAACAAAAGUAAUCCAUUAAUUUAUUUGUAGAACUCACUAUUAAACUAUUUGUAUUAAAUAAAAA